UCUCUCUCUCUCUCUCUCUCUCUCUCUCUCUCUCUCUCUCUCUCACACACACACACACACACACACACCCUCUGUAACUGCGCUGAGAGGACACACACUUUGUCCCGGAGCCCAGCUGAACACAGACAGACCCAGGGGGAGUGACGCACACCAGAGCUGACUCCACCCAGAAGAACUCGCUCAGCGAACCCAGAGACAGCAGAGACCAUAAAAAUGAGCGGUUCCCACCCCCGGCUCCAUCAGAGCGCCGCGCCCGCUCCCAACGCUCUCUCCUCGGACAAGGACGCAGAAAUGCCCGCCACGGAGAAGGACCUGGCCGAGGACGCGCCGUGGAAGAAGAUCCAGCAGAACACCUUUACGCGCUGGUGCAACGAGCACCUGAAAUGCGUCAACAAGCGGAUCGGAAACUUGCAGACGGACCUGAGCGACGGGCUUCGGCUCAUCGGGCUCCUGGAGGUCCUGUCCCAGAAGAAAAUGUUCCGAAAGUACAACCAGAGGCCCACCUUCCGCCAGAUGCAGCUGGAGAACGUGUCGGUGGCGCUGGAGUUCCUGGAGAAGGAGAACAUCAAGCUGGUGUCCAUAGACUCUAAGGCCAUCGUGGAUGGGAACCUGAAGCUGAUCCUGGGUCUGAUCUGGACCCUGAUCUUGCAUUAUUCCAUCUCCAUGCCCAUGUGGGAUGAGGAGGAAGAGGCAGAUGAUGGCAAGCAGAAGACUCCCAAGCAGAGACUGCUGGGAUGGAUCCAGAACAAGCUGCCGGAGCUUCCCAUCACCAAUUUCAACCGGGACUGGCAGACUGGCCGUGCCCUGGGGGCCCUGGUGGACAGCUGUGCUCCAGGUCUUUGUCCUGACUGGGACCAGUGGGAUCAGACCAAACCAGUGGAUAACGCCCGUGAGGCCAUGCAGCAAGCUGAUGACUGGCUGGGCAUCCCUCAGGUGAUAACCCCUGAAGAGAUCGUCGACCCAAAUGUGGACGAGCAUUCGGUCAUGACCUACUUGUCCCAGUUCCCCAAAGCCAAACUGAAGCCCGGGGCACCUCUCCGACCCAAACUCAACCCCAAGAAGGCCCGCGCCUACGGGCCAGGUAUCGAGCCCACUGGAAACGUGGUGAUGAAGAAGGCCGAGUUCACAGUUGAGACCAUCAGCGCCGGGAUGGGAGAGGUUCUGGUUUACGUGGAGGACCCGGCAGGACACCGAGAGGAGGCUAAGGUGACGGCAAACAACGACAAGAACCGCACCUAUUCUGUUUUCUAUGUCCCCAAGGUGACCGGCAUGCACAAGGUGACCGUGUUGUUUGCAGGGCAACACAUUUCCAAGAGUCCCUUUGAGGUGGAGAUUGGCAUGGCUCAAGGAGACUCCAGCAAGGCCACGGCUCAGGGACCAGGUCUGGAGCCUUCUGGGAACAUCGCCAACAAAACCACCUACUUUGACGUGUACACGGCAGGCGCCGGUGUUGGGGAGGUGGAGGUGGUGAUCACCGACCCUGCUGGGAAGAAGAACACGGUGACCUGCAGCAUCGAGGAUAAAGGGAACUCCAGCUACCGCUGCACCUACAAACCCACCCAGGAGGGUCAGCACACCAUCGUCAUCACCUUCGCCGGCGGUCAGAUCAGCAAGAGCCCCUUCACCGUCGACGUGGGAGAAGCGUGUAAUCCCAACCUCUGCAGAGCCAAGGGUCGCGGUCUGCAGCCCAAGGGCCUGAGGGUGAAGGAGACGGCCGACUUUAAGGUCUACACGAAGGGAGCCGGCACCGGAGAGCUCAAAGUGUCCAUCAAAGGCCCCAAGGGAAUCGAGGAGCCCUGCAAACAGAAAGAUCUUGGAGAUGGAGAGUACGAAUUUGAGUAUUACCCCACCUCACCUGGCACCUACAGCAUCACCAUCACCUGGGGAGGUCAGCACAUCCCUCGCAGUCCCAUCGAGGUGAAGAUCGGUGCCGAGGCCAGCCAGCAGAAGGUGAGGGCCUGGGGUCCGGGCCUGGAGGGCGGCGUUGUCGGUAAAUCUGCCGACUUUGUGGUGGAGGCAGUCGGAGACAACGUUGGCACACUGGGUUUCUCUGUGGAAGGACCGUCUCAGGCCAAGAUCGAAUGUGAUGACAAAGGUGACGGGUCAUGUGACGUGCGCUACUGGCCCACAGAGGCUGGGGAGUACGCUGUCCACAUCCUCUGCAACAGCGAGGACAUCCAGCACUCGCCCUUCAUGGCUGAGAUCGUCAACGCUCCGGGGAAAGAUUUCUACCCCGACAAAGUGAAGGCGUUCGGUCCGGGGCUGCAGAGCAGCGGCCUGGCUGUUGGAAAGCCCACGGAGUUCACGGUCGAUGCCAAACAAGGAGGGAAAGCUCCGCUGAAGAUACUGGCUCAGGACGGAGAGGGAGCGCCAGUGGAUGUCCAGGUGAAGGAUAACGGAAACGGCACCUACACCUGUACCUACACUCCCCGUAAACCCGUCAAACACACCGUCAUGGUGUCCUGGGGAGGAGUCAACAUCCCCGACAGUCCGUUCAGGAUGAAUAUCGGCGCAGGCUGCCACCCUAACAAGGUGAAGGUGUCUGGACCAGGAGUAGCAAAGAGCGGCCUGAAGGCCUUCGAGCCGACAUACUUCACCGUCGACUGCGCCGAGGCUGGCCAAGGUGACAUCAGCAUAGGGAUCAAGUGCGCCCCUGGUGUUGUGGGCCCCGCGGAGGCCGACAUCGACUUUGACAUCAUCAGGAACGAUAACGACACGUUCACCGUCAAAUACACGCCUCCUGGAGCAGGAAGCUACACCAUCAUGGUGCUGUUUGCUGACCAUGCCAUACCAAUGACGCCCAUCAGACUCAAAGUGGAUCCUUCUCACGACGCCAGCAAAGUGAAAGCGGAAGGUCCAGGACUCAGUCGCAGCGGGGUUGAGCUGAACAAACCGACUCACUUCACCGUCGCCACCAAAGGGGCCGGGAAGGCUAACCUGGACUGCAGCUUUAGCGGCCCGACCAAAGCCGAAGCCGUGAAGGACUUUGAAAUCAUAAACAACCAUGACAACACGCAUACAGUGAAGUACACACCUGUGCAGCAGGGACCUCUGGGAGUGGCCGUGACCUACGGUGGGGAUCACAUUCCCAAGAGUCCUUUCAACGUUGCCGUGGCACCGUCGCUGGACCUCAGCAAGAUCAACGUCACAGGACUCGGAGACCAGAUGACUGUAGGCAAAGACCAGGAAGUGACGGUCAAAUCGAAAGGCGCUGGUGGUCAGGGCAAAGUUGCUGCUAAAGUAACCGGACCAUCGGGAAAGCCAGUAGCCAGCAAGGUUGAGCCAGGGCUCAGCCCGGAGACCAGCCAGGUAAAGUUCAUCCCACGUGAGGCCGGCCCGUACCAGGUAGAGCUGACCUACGACGGUGUGCCGAUUCCCGGAUCUCCCUUCACCCCUAAAGCUUAUCCAUCGACAGACCCCUCUAAGGUGCGCUGCUCUGGACCAGGUUUGGAACGUGCCAAGGUUGGAGAGACGGGGGAGUUUGUGGUGGACUGUACCAACGCUGGUCCUGCUGAGCUGACCAUCGAGAUCAUCUCUGACAGCGGCACAGAGGCUGAGGUUCACAUCCAGGACAACGGAGACGGGACGUACACCAUCACCUACAUCCCCCUCUACCCCGGCUCGUACACCCUCACCAUCCGCUACGGUGGCCAGGAUGUGCCAAACUUCCCUGCCCGGCUCACUGUGGAGCCUGCGGUUGAUGCCAGCGGUGUCCGUGUGUUUGGUCCAGGAGUGGAAGGCAAAGGAGUCUUCCGUGACUCCACCACAGACUUCACCGUGGAUGCUCGUGCGCUCACGCAGAUGGGAGGAGACCACAUCAAAACGCUGAUCGGCAACCCGUCUGGCAGUCGCACGGACGCCCUGAUCACGGACCUGGGAGAUGGCACGUACAACGUGGAGUACACUCCCUAUGAGGAGGGCCCACACAGCGUGGAGGUGUGUUACGACGGCUCCCCAGUGCCGAAGAGUCCGUUCCGCGUGGCCGUAACUGAAGGCUGCGAUCCAGCUCGUGUUCGCGUGCACGGUCCCGGACUGAAAGGAGGCAUUACCAACAAGCCCAACAAGUUCAUGGUGGAAACCCGAGGAGCCGGAACUGGUGGUCUGGGUCUGGCCAUGGAGGGUCCGUCUGAGGCCAAAAUGUCCUGCACCGAUAACAAAGACGGCAGCUGCAGCGUGGAGUACAUCCCAUACGAGGCCGGCACGUACAAUCUCAACAUCACCUAUGGAGGACAACCCAUCUCAGGAAGUCCCUUCUCGGUGCCAGUCAGCGACACAGUGGACAGUACCAAGGUGAAGUGCCAGGGUUCCGGCCUGGGCAACAACGUCCGAGCCAACAUCCCACAGGCGUUCACGGUGGACGCUUCCACAGCUGGUGUGGCGCCGCUGCAGGUUCGCGUGCAAGGACCCAAAGGUGUGGUGGAGCAUGUGGAGGUGGUGGACAACGGAGACCAGACUCACAUGGUUAACUACGUUCCCACCAGAGAGGGACCGUAUUCCAUCAACGUCCUGUAUGCUGACGAGGAGAUCCCACGCAGCCCCUACAAAGUAAAAGUCCUCCCCACUCACGACGCCAGCAAAGUGCGUGCAAGCGGACCCGGCCUCAACACCACGGGCGUGCCGGCCUCUCUGCCCGUCGAGUUCACCAUCGACGCCAAAGAUGCUGGCGAGGGGCUUCUGGCCGUGCAGAUCACGGACCCAGAGGGCAAGCCUAAGAAGGCCAACAUCCGGGACAACAACGACGGGACUUAUCUGGUGUCGUAUGUGCCGGACAUGACGGGCAGAUACACCAUCCUCAUCAAAUACGGCGGCGAUGAGAUUCCCUACUCACCGUACCGUAUCCGGGCUCUGCCCACUGGAGACGCCAGCAAGUGCACCGUCACAGUCUCAAUCGGAGGUCACGGUUUAGGUGCCGGCGUUGGUCCGACUAUCCAGAUCGGUGAGCAGACGCUCAUCACAGUCGACGCCAAGGCCGCCGGCAAAGGGAAGGUCACGUGCAGCGUGUGCACGCCUGAGGGGGUGGAGCUUGAUGUGGACGUGGUGGAGAAUGAGGAUGGCACGUUUGACAUCUUCUACACGGCGCCACAGCCUGGCGAAUAUGUAAUAUGCGUCCGUUUUGGAGGGGAGCACAUUCCCAACAGUCCGUUCCAAGUCACGGCUCUGGAGGGACCAUCAGACCAGCUCAUGCAGCAGAGACAAAUGCCCCAGUACUACGCUCAACAGCCCUGGGCGACCGACAGACAGAUGGGAAUGAACGGUCUGGACGUGACGGGACUGAGACCCUUUGACCUGGUCAUCCCGUUCACCAUCCAGAAGGGAGAGAUCACAGGUGACGUCCGGAUGCCGUCUGGCAACGUGGCCAAACCUGACAUCACUGACAACAAGGACGGCACCGUCACGGUGAAAUACGCUCCGACGGAGGCCGGUCUGCAUGAGAUGGACAUCAAAUACGACGGCAUCCACAUUCCUGGAAGUCCUCUCCAGUUCUACGUGGACUACAUGAACAGUGGAAACGUCAGCGCCUAUGGCCCUGGCCUCAUCCAUGGCACCGUAAACAAGCCUGCUGUCUUCACCGUCGACACUAAAGAUGCCGGAGAGGGGGGUCUCUCUCUGGCCAUCGAGGGUCCGUCCAAGGCAGACAUCAGCUGUGUGGACAACCAGGACGGGACCUGCACGGUGUCCUACCUUCCAGUCCUGCCUGGAGACUACAGCAUCCUGGUCCGAUAUAACGACGAGCACAUUCCCGGCAGCCCCUACUCUGCAAGGAUCACUGGUGAUGACUCGAUGAGGAUGUCCCAACUGAAGGUGGGCUCAGCCGCGGAUAUCCCUCUGGACAUCGGAGAAUUUGACCUCAGCCAGCUGACGGCCUCUCUCACCACGCCGUCGGGCCGUGAGGAGCCCUGCCUGCUGAAGAUGCUCCGUAACGGACACGUCGGUGUCUCAUUUGUGCCUAAGGAGAUCGGCGAGCACUUGGUGAACAUCAAGAAGAAUGGCCGCCACAUCCCCAGCAGCCCCAUCACGGUGAUGAUCAGCCAGUCGGAGAUUGGUGAUGCCAGCCGCGUGCGUGUGAGCGGCCAGGGCCUGAGCGAGGCCAGAACCUUUGAGCCUGCAGAGUUCAUAAUCGACACUCGAGAUGCAGGAUACGGUGGCCUGAGCCUGUCCAUCGAGGGACCCAGUAAAGUGGACAUCAACACUGAGGACCAAGAGGACGGCACCUGCAAGGUCACCUACUGCCCCACCGAACCAGGAAAUUACAUCAUCAACAUCAAAUUUGCAGACCAACAUGUUCCAGGGAGCGCUUUCACGGUGAAGGUAACUGGAGAGGGACGGAUGAAGGAGAGCAUCACCAGGAAGAGGGGAGCAGCUUCCGUCGCCAACGUCGGCAGCAAGUGUGACCUCAGCCUCAAGAUCCCAGAGAUCAGCAUAGCAGACAUGACGGCUCAGGUGACCAGCCCGUCCGGUCAGGUUCACAAAGCUGAGAUCCUGGAGGGAGAGAACAACACCUACUGCAUCCGUUUUGUCCCCACUGAGAUGGGCGUGCACACCGUGUGUGUGAAAUACAACGGCGUGCACGUUCCCGGAAGCCCCUUCCAGUUUACCGUGGGGCCGUUGGGUGAAGGCGGCGCCCAUAAGGUCCGUGCUGGUGGGCCGGGCCUGGAGAGAGCCGAGGCUGGAGUACCAGCGGAGUUCAGCAUCUGGACGAGGGAGGCCGGAGCCGGAGGUCUCAGCAUCGCCGUGGAGGGGCCGAGCAAGGCCGAGAUUGUCUUCGAGGACCGCAAGGACGGAUCCAGUGGAGUUUCUUACAUCGUUCAGGAGCCUGGUGACUACGAGGUGUCGAUCCGCUUCAACGACGAGCACAUCCCCGACAGCCCCUUCAUCGUCCCUGUGGCCUCGCCGUCGGACGACGCUCGCCGCCUCACUGUUGCCAGUCUUCAGGAGUCUGGUUUGAAAGUGAACCAGCCGGCAUCGUUUGCUGUCAGCCUCAAUGGCGCCAAAGGUGUGAUCGACGCCAAGGUGCACAGUCCGUCUGGAGCUCUGGAGGAGUGCUGCGUUACGGAGAUCGACCAGGACAAGUACGCAGUCCGGUUCAUCCCAAGAGAGAACGGCCUCUAUCUGAUCGAUGUGAAGUUCAACGGGAGCCACAUCCCAGGAAGUCCGUUCAAGAUCCGUGUUGGAGAGAUGGGUCAGGCUGGAGACCCGGGAAUGGUGUCCGCCUACGGAGCAGGACUGGAGGGAGGAACUACAGGAACAGCGUGUGAGUUUGUUGUUAACACGAGCAGCGCCGGCCCUGGGGCCUUGGCGGUGACCAUCGAUGGGCCCUCCAAGGUGAAGAUGGACUGUGUGGAGUGUCCUGAGGGGUACAGGGUCACGUACACCCCCAUGGCCCCUGGGAACUAUCUCAUCUCCAUCAAAUACGGCGGUCCUUACCACAUUGUCGGAAGCCCAUUCAAAGCCAAGAUCACAGGUUCCAAGCUGGUGUCCAGUCACAGUAUGCAUGAAACCUCCUCCGUCAUGGUUGACCCUGUGACCCGAGCCAUCAGCUGCUCCCAGCAGGCCACUCCGGCACACUCCGACGCCAGCAAGGUGACGGCUAAAGGUCCGGGCCUGACCAAGGCCUUUGUUGGUCAGAAGAACAACUUCUGCGUCGACUGCAGCAAAGCGGGUCGGAACAUGCUCCUCGUCGGAGUCGAUGGUCCGAAGGUCCCCUGUGAGGAGAUCUUGGUGAAACAUCUGGGGAACCGUGUGUACAACGUCAGCUACCAGCUGAAGGAGAAGGGGGAGUAUAUCCUGGUGGUGAAAUGGGGGGACAAGCACAUCCCCGGCAGCCCCUACCACAUAACCGUCUAAGCCCCCCUGGAGUCCAGACCACUAACCGUACGGCUCCCACUCUUAAAUCACAUUUCUGUUUAAGCCGGAUCUGAUUUUAGUCUCCACUCAGAUCCAGUCCAAAGAGAACGCAGCGAUUAUUGGCUUCAUGGUUAGAAGAUGCACCUUGUUACUGUAAACCAGCUGUUCAGCGGCGGGAAGGUCCAGAAACCGAUCUUGUCCCCCAGUUCUAGAUGUUUACACUGGAGGAGCUCUGACCUCUGUAGAGAAACGGCUGAUGAAAAAUCCCAAAACAAAAGCGGGAUCCUGCUUGGGUUUCCUGUGCGGGUCAGCUCGUCACAUCCAGAGCUCGGUCUUGAUUAUUAUUUCUGUUAUCUAUAACCAGCCCGGUUCUUUUACCUGCUGCUUGUGUGAUCCACUUUGAACCACUGCUGAUGUUGGUAGGAGGAAAGACGAGUAGGAGCACCUUCAGCUUCCUGUAGCCGCUGCCGCCGCUGGGAGACGUAGCUUUUCUGCAUGUUAGCAUUAGGCUCUGACCUCUGCUUGACCUUAAGGUUGAUCUUUAAUUAAAAAGAAACUGCGUUGUGUGUGUCUGAUUUAUUAACGUAGCUUAAAAAGGGAAGUUUACAACUUUGUGCUGGAAAGUCGAGUUAAAAGUACGAUGACCAAAAACCAGAGAGGCUCUUUCUGCUCGGUGUUUCUCCAUCUCGCCCGCCUUCGGUUCCUCUUCACCUUCUGCCGAGGCUGCAUUUCCGAACAAAAAUCUUGUCAAAAAUAAAAACGCUUUUAAAAUGAUUGUAAGACAGUAUUUUGAUACGUAAUAAAGUAUUUUUCUGUCAGUCUAA